GCGCUCGCCUCGCCACUACUGAGCGCCAGCCGCCGCGCUAGGGAGCGACCUCGCCGGAGUCCCGCGUCGCGCACCGCGCCCCCUGGGUGGCCGGCCAGCUCAGCCGCCCGCCUCCCCGCCGCCCGGCCGCCCGGCCGCCCUUGACCGCUAGCGCACAGCACAGCAGUUCAGGCGCUCGUAGGCGGCGGGCCGCGGGCACCGGGACAGGGACAGGGACUGUAUAGCCUUUGGGCUCCACGCCCCGGCGAUGGCUGCUCCCGGGCGGCGGCUGCUGCGCCCUCGCCCCGGUGGCCUUCUGUUGCUGCUGCCCGGCCUCCUGUUGCCCCUCGCCGGCGCCUUCAACCUGGACGUCGAAAGCCCCGCCGAGUACGCCGGCCCCGAGGGAAGUUACUUCGGGUUCGCGGUGGACUUCUUUGAGCCCAGCGCAUCUUCGAUGUUUCUUCUGGUGGGAGCCCCGAAAGCAAACACAACGCAGCCUGGGAUUGUGGAAGGAGGGCAAGUUCUCAAAUGUGACUGCUCGUCGACUCGCAGGUGCCAGCCCAUUGAAUUUGAUUCCACAGGUAAUCGAGAUUUUGCCAAAGAUGACCCAUUGGAGUUCAAGUCCCACCAGUGGUUAGGAGCUUCUGUGAGGUCAAAGCAGGAUAAAAUCUUGGCUUGUGCUCCAUUGUACCACUGGAGGACCGAGAUGAAGCAGGAGAGAGAGCCUGUUGGAACUUGCUUUCUUCAGGAUGGAACCAAGACUGUUGAGUAUGCACCAUGCAGGUCAAAAAAUAUUGAUGCUGAUGGACAGGGAUUUUGUCAAGGAGGAUUCAGCAUUGAUUUUACUAAAGCUGACAGAGUACUUCUUGGUGGUCCUGGUAGCUUUUAUUGGCAAGGUCAGCUCAUUUCGGACCAAGUGGCGGAAAUCAUAUCUAACUAUGACCCCAAUGUCUACAGCAUCAAAUAUAAUAACCAAUUAGCCACGCGGGCUGCACAAGCAAUUUUUGAUGACAGUUAUUUGGGUUACUCUGUAGCUGUGGGAGACUUCAAUGGUGAUGGUAUUGAAGAUUUUGUUUCAGGCGUUCCGAGAGCAGCGAGGACUUUGGGAAUGGUCUAUAUUUAUGAUGGGAAAAACAUGUCCUCUUUACACAAUUUUACUGGCGAACAGAUGGCUGCAUAUUUCGGAUUUUCUGUAGCUGCCACUGACAUUAAUGGGGAUGAUUAUGCAGAUGUGUUUAUUGGAGCGCCUCUGUUCAUGGACCGAGGCUCUGACGGGAAACUCCAAGAGGUGGGCCAGGUCUCAGUGUCUCUGCAGAGAGCAUCGGGAGACUUCCAGACUACAAAGCUGAAUGGAUUUGAGGUUUUUGCCAGAUUUGGAAGUGCCAUAGCUCCUCUGGGAGACCUGGACCAGGAUGGUUUCAAUGAUAUUGCAAUUGCUGCUCCCUAUGGUGGUGAAGAUAAAAAGGGACUUGUUUAUAUCUUCAAUGGGAGAUCAACAGGCCUGAAUUCGGUGCCAUCUCAGAUUCUCGAGGGGCAGUGGGCUGCUCAGAGCAUGCCCCCAAGCUUUGGGUAUUCCAUGAAAGGAGCUACAGAUGUAGACAGAAACGGAUAUCCAGACUUAGUUGUAGGAGCUUUUGGUGUGGAUCGAGCUAUCUUAUACAGAGCCAGACCCGUUGUCACCGUAAAUGCUGGCCUUGAAGUAUACCCAAGCAUUUUAAAUCAAGACAAUAAAAUCUGCCCAUUGCCUGGGACAGCACUCAAAGUUUCCUGUUUUAACGUCAGGUUCUGCUUAAAGGCGGAUGGCAAAGGAACUCUUCCAAAGAGGCUGAACUUCCAGGUGGAGCUUCUUUUGGAUAAACUCAAGCAAAAGGGAGCAAUCCGACGAGCACUGUUUCUCCAUAACAGGUCCCCAGGGCACUCCAAGAACAUGACUGUUGUCAAGGGGGGACAGAUGCAGUGCGAGGAGCUGGUGGCCUAUCUGCGGGAUGAAUCUGAAUUUAGAGACAAACUCACCCCCAUCACUAUUUUUAUGGAGUAUCGGUUGGACCACAGAACGGCUGCUGACGAUACAGGCUUGCAGCCCAUUCUGAACCAGUUCACUCCGGCCAAUGUCAGCCGGCAGGCUCAUAUUCUACUUGACUGUGGGGAAGAUAAUGUCUGUAAACCUAAACUGGAAGUUUCUGUAGAUAGUGAUCAAAAGAAGAUCUAUAUUGGGGAUGACAACCCUCUGACCCUGACUGUGAAGGCGCAGAAUCAAGGGGAAGGAGCCUACGAAGCGGAGCUCAUCGUCUCCAUCCCACCGCAGGCAGAUUUCAUCGGGGUUGUCCGAAACAAUGAAGCCUUAGCAAGACUUUCCUGUGCAUUUAAGACAGAAAACCAAACCCGACAGGUGGUGUGUGACCUUGGAAACCCCAUGAAGGCUGGAACUCAACUGUCUGCCGGUCUUCGUUUUAGUGUGCACCAGCAGUCAGAAAUGGAUACUUCUGUGAAAUUUGACCUGAAAAUCCAAAGCUCUAAUUCUUUUGACAAUGUAAGCCCAGUUGUGUCUUACAAAGUUGACCUUGCUGUUUUGGCUGCUGUUGAGAUAAGAGGGGUCUCAAGUCCUGAUCAUGUCUUUCUUCCAAUUCCAAAUUGGGAGUACAAGGAAAACCCUGAGACUGAAGAAGAUGUUGGGCCUGUUGUUCAGCACAUCUAUGAGCUGAGAAACAAUGGUCCAAGUUCAUUCAGCAAGGCAAUCUUAAAUCUCCAGUGGCCUUACAAAUACAACAAUAACACUUUGUUGUACAUCCUUCAUUACGACAUUGAUGGGCCAAUGAACUGUACCGCAGAUACAGAGAUCAACCCUUUGAGAAUUAAGACCCCCGAAAAGAAUGACUCUGCUCCUGGACCAGGAGAACGCAGUCAUCUCAUCACCAAGCGGGAUCUCACCCCUGCUGAGGGAGAUGUUCACACUUUGGGUUGUGGAGUUGCUAAGUGCUUGCAGAUCGUCUGCCAGGUUGGUCGCCUGGAUCGUGGGAAGAGUGCCAUCCUGUAUGUGAAAUCCCUGUUGUGGACCGAGACGUUUAUGAAUAAGGAGAACCAGAACCAAUCUUACUCCCUGAAGUCGUCUGCUUCAUUUAACAUCAUAGAGUUUCCCUACAAGAAUCUUCCGAUCGAGGAUCUCUUCAACGCCACACUAGUCACCACUAACAUCACCUGGGGCAUUCAGCCGGCGCCCAUGCCUGUGCCCGUGUGGGUCAUCAUCUUGGCAGUUCUCGCGGGGCUCUUGUUACUGGCUGUUCUGGUGUUUGUAAUGUACAGGAUGGGCUUUUUUAAACGUGUCCGACCACCUCAAGAAGAGCAGGAACGAGAACAACUCCAACCUCAUGAGAACGGCGAAGGGAACUCUGAAACCUAACUGCGGUUCUUAAGCUGCGCCGCUUCUGGAUCCACUAAAGUUACCACUUUGGUGAUAGAUUUAUACAUCUUUCAUGAAGAACAAAAUCCCAAGAUUGUAUUGCCGAGGGUACCCAGUAGCCUCGGUUUACCCACAAAACUGAAAUGAGUAUUUGCCAACUUCUCUUUAUGAAUAGGUUCAGCUUAACAUUUACUUCACAUACACUGGCGAGUGUUUUUAUGCAUUUAAGUGAGGAAAUUUCAAGUGAUAAUCCUUGUUCAGUGUACAUAAGGCACUUGAGUUACCACAUUAUAUAACACGGUACCUCUUCAGUUACUGUUUCUAAUUUACUAUGUGAGGUUUCUCUCUUCUUCGAUGUUAUGUUAAAGCAAUUAGGAGUUUUAAAGCAAUUCAAAUUUAGACCUUAGCGUCAGUAAUUUUGCACAGGUACUUAGAACAUUAGUAUACAUUACACUACAGUUGAUUUCGUAAGCUGCUGAAGACUCUGAAAUUGCAUGGACUUAGAUUUUAAUAUCAUUUAUGUAGUAGAACUUUAAAAAAAAAUCUGAUACCAUCAAAAUUCUUUCCUGGGGCUAUAGCUCACUUCAAAGCAUGUGCAAGUCCCUGAGUUUAAUCCUCAACACUGGGGGAAAACAGUAGUUUCCUGUAUUAACAACGGUACAGUAUUUUUAUACGGAAAUUAGGUUUUUAUUUAUAUUUAGUCUGCAUUGUAUUUUAGCUUUUGUAAUUUAAAUUCUAUAUCAAAUCCUUUAAACCAUUUCAUGCUGAAAUUCAAUAAUUAAAAAUACUCAUUAAGCAAUAGUUUGAUCUCAUCUGAGUAAUGAUGAUGAUUGAAGCCAUAGGAGUUGGAAGUUGUUUCUGAGGUACAUCUAUUUCCUUUGUCUGGCUGUUUGCUACACAUAAAAGGUCAAAAGGCCCUCUCUGUGGCUCUCUGCUGUAACUGCCCAUCAAAAUGACAUUCUUUAAUUAGACCGGAGCUUCUAAUUGGUGUUAACUUAUUUUUCUCCUGUAUUCAUAAUUUCCUUCUAUUUCCAAAAUGGAGAAUGGGUCAAGACUGUCUUUAUUACCUGUAGGAGCCUGGAUCUCCCACCCUCACCCCACGAGAAAUGCCUGGAAUUAGCAUUCCAAAGGUAGCUGGUGGUUUGCUUCUAGCAUGGGUAUUACCUCAGGUUAAGCAAGCAAUGCAUAAAACCUGCCUCAGCUGUCAGAAUAAAUGCUAAAAAAGUAUUUUUAUAAGCAGCUCAGGUUACUGACAAUCUUCUAAAGCUUUCUUACAUUUGUUAACAUAAAUUUUCUGGGGCUUUAAUAAAGGCAGCAGAGUUAGCAAGUUAUGGUCUUAAGUGGCUCUGAUUUAUUCACAGUUCCUCAAGGCCAUGGGAUGACUAUCAAUUACAGCUAUUUUUGUGCAAUUACAUCAUGUUAUGCGCUAGAAGUUGAGAAUUUUAAUAGCUUUUUAAACUGUCCUCAUUAAAGAAUGAAAAAUAUUUCUCUUAAAUAAUUGAAUAUUUUUCUACAUUUUAAAAAUAAGUGAAGUUUGUCUCACCAUAUCUUGUGUUAAUUCCAUGUGCAUAUGGCUGAGCUAAUUUGGAGAAUUUAUUUUCAUAACAUGAAGCACAUUUCGGUGAAUUGUACAAGUUAGAAUAGAGACAGGACCCUAUAUUUAGCUUUAAUGAACUUUUAAUAACUUUUGGGGUAUAAAAUUUUUUAAUGGCUUGUAAGAUCAUAAUUAUAUGCAUAAGUAUAUUUUUAACCAAUAAAUUUAAAUUCUUUUAAGAAAUAUUUUUAUCUUAGGGCCAAGUGUUGCCCACCACCAUGCAGUUACUCAGUUGGCCUAUAAAAACUUUUACCUUUUCUGUCUACCUGUAUAAUAGCUGUCAUUCUUGAAAAUCAAUGAAAUCCACUCUGGCAAUAGAAUCAGUAUUGACUUUUACAGUUAUUCUUUUAUGGCUUCUUUGCCAAGGAAUAACUUUAUGUUAGAGUUUGAAAGAUGUUGCAACUGGAAAUUAACAUGGGGUGUAGUUUUCUACAGUCUUUGAAAAAGUAUAACUUUGUAUCUCUGUAAAAUUAGCAACUGUUAUUUCAAAGUCAAUUCUGAAAAGAAUGUUGAUUUUUUUAUUCUAUAGCAGCAUAUGAAUAUAUUCGACAGAAUAUCAAAAGAUCAUUUUAGCUUCAUAUUUGUAAUUUACUGAGAAUUAAAAUUCAUUUCUAAGUAUAAAGUUCUCAUCAUCUAGUUCAGAAAAAAAAAUUGAGUGUUCCAGAGGACAUUUGACACAUGUGAGAAAUAUUGACACCAAUACUGAUUUCUUCAGAGAUAUUUUUUAGAGUUGAUAUUUUAAAACAUCUGUGUCAGGAUCAACCCCCCCCACCCCCACUUAUGUUUAAUUAUCAUCAUAACUCUGAAUAACUAUAAAAGGUGAAGCAGUCAAAAGGUAUUGUCUUAAUUCUACUUGAAUUAUGAAAUUACUUAUUAGUUAAUCCUCACGAAUACAACAUUAUUUAUGUAGUGAGGAAAUUGACUAAUAGCAGACAAGUUUUGCUGUUGCUUUAAGACAGCAGUGUGGGUUUUGAUAGUGAGCCUAACCCCAAGGAGGGAUUUCUGUGGCAAAGUACAGAUAGAGCAGCUGGUUCUUGUAGGGCAAUAGAGUGCUAAGGUGGCAUCUGUUCCCGUGUGGCAGAAUGUCCUGAAGAGCCUCAUGGAGAAGGAGAGUUCUAGAAUACCUGUGUGGCCAUCACCUAUCUGAAUGUCACCUUGUUUUUAUUCAUGGGUGGCUUGUAUAUUUAAUUUGAUGAGUAAGGGGAAAAGACAAACAAAAUUGUGUUAUGGGAUCCAAAAAGACAAAUAAAAUUGCUUAAUGUCUAGUGAUUUGCAAAAGGUCUCUGAACUAUGAACCUGUGGAUGUGCUGUCUGCAGUAUACACUGGCAUUCUGUGUGAUUCCUGCUAUGGUAUGCUUUCUGUGAGGGGUACUGGAUCUUUGGUAUUUGUUGUCAUUGUUCUCAAGUGCAAUAUAACAAUGUAACGAAACAUAUAAGUCAUUAUUAAUUUAGUAAGCCUAAUCUCAAUAGAGACUUAUUAGUAUUUGUUGUUGUUGUUAGCAGAAAAUUCUGCUGUAGUUGUAGAUACACAGGUGAAGUUUUUUACUUCUAAACUAUUCAUUCUGCAUUUUAUUUUAGGUGGAAAAUGAACUGUUCCAUAUUUGUUUUAAAACACUUUCAUCAUCUUGGGGUAACUUAGAAGGUGUGUCUGUCAAAUUACUUUGCUCUUUAAGUAACAUGGAAGGUAAUUUUCUUUGGCUUCUCUCGUGAUCGCCCACAUUGGGUGAGACAUAAAAUGAGUCUGUCCUGAAAUCUGCCGUUUGCUAACUUGGUUUGAGUUAGUACAAGUAGGUACCGCGUUCUGCUUUGUUUCCAAUGUGUAACUUGGGACUGUACAAUAAACUUGAACAUAUGGUGCCAGCUUA